GAGGCGAUGAACAUCAAGGUCAACUGCUCCGCGGGCUCGCUGCGCCUCAUGGGCCUCGCCCUGGACACGACACUUCUGCAGCUCAAGCUCCGGCUGACGAAAGAGACGGGUCUACCGCCAGACCAGCAGACGUUGCUGGCAGGAUUUCCGCCCAAGCCCAUUGUCGGCGACAACGACGCGCUCAUUACAAGCGUCGGCAUCACGUCUGGCUCGGCCAUCCUCUUGAAGGAAGGCGUCGCGCUCCCGUCGUCGUCGUCGUCAACUGCCAAGUUUCAGCGAAAGGUCAUUGCUGGCGACAAUAGCUGUCUCUUCAACGCGAUCGGGUUUUGCCUCGGGAAGGGCGCGACGGGCAAUGGCGAGACAAUGCGGCAGGUCGUUGUGGAGGCCAUUGUGCGCAACCCCGCGUUGUACAACGCGACCUUUUUGGGGCGACCCGUCGACGAGUACUGUGCGUGGAUCCUCGACAGCAAGUCGUGGGGCGGCGAGAUCGAGCUCUCGAUCUUGUCGAUGCACUUUCGCAUCGAAAUGCUCGUCUUUGAUGUCAUCAGCAUGUCCCGGCUUUGCUACGGCGAGGACCAAGGCUUCACGCAGCGCCUCUUCCUCCUCUACGACGGGAUUCACUACGACGCCAUCACCGAGGUCGAUGCCCGUGGCAAGGACAAGACGCUUUUCGCCAUCAACGAUUUCGCCAAGGUUGAAAGUGCCAGCGUCCUCGCGGUGGAAGCGCAUCAGACGCAUCAGUACACGGACGUCGGUGGUUUUACGAUCCAAUGCAUGGUCUGUCGCCGCGCCUUCAAGGGCCAAAUGGAAGCGAGUGUCCACGCGCAAGAGACGGGCCAUUACGAGUUUGGCGAAGUCACGUCGCGCCAGUAAAGUGUAUA